AUGUUUUCAACGUAUCGUCAUUUGGAAAGACGAACUGGUAAAUCUGGCACUCCAAGGUUAGAUUAUCUUCAAGAACUCGUUGAUGAAUAUCAAAAUACUAGUGAUAAAGAGGCUAAGUAUCAAGUUCUUGCUAACUUGGCCAAUUUCGCUUAUGAUCCAAUAAAUUACGAUUGGCUUUGGGAACUGAACGUUGUUGAUUUGUUCCUUGACACAUUAACUGAAUCUGACGAAAAACUUAAAGAGUUCGGUUUAGGUGGAUUAUGCAAUCUUUGUUUAGGUUAUUAA